UAAACCGCUGCUUCUACACCUUACUAAGAACAUGUCCUAGUUAUCACGUCAAAGAUUAGCACCCCUUGACAUCCAUCAUCUAGGACGCCAUACCUACAGACAUACCUUCAACCAAACUAAAUUAUUCUAGAUCCCACUACUACCUGCGUGGGUGCAGAUCGCUUUAGGGCAGGAUGCCGACCUUGACGACGCGCCGCUCCCAUAAACCGGGGAAGAAUCAAGACAGAGAGAUUGAAUUGAACGCAGAAAAUAUGGCGGGUGUUUUCGAUUAUGUUACCGAAUACUGCGACAGCCCGUAUCAAGGGAAUAAACGGCGGCCCCGACCACGGCCUUCGACGGUGUCUGGAUUGUACUCGAACAAUUUGUGCGGAUUCCCAAUCAUUGCCUCCUCCCUCGAUGGCAGAGCUAAGACGAAAGAGCAAUACGCCGAGGACGCUAUAUCCAUAUAUGAGAAUGGUUUUGUAAGAGGUGUCGUUCGUGCCGCCGAACAGAACCUCGACCUCACGCUCCGACCUGACGAUAUCUGGCAGGCCAUCAUUUCACAAUAUAGCCUUUUUGUCAGGACGCAUGCCGAGCGCAUGCGGUACGCGUUCGUCGGCCACGCAGGAACGCGUGAGCUUGCCAUCGGCUUCAGAGCCAUGUCUGCCUGUCAAUUUGACAUGGACCAAGCAACCCGAGUGUUCUUCGACAUCCUGUUCCAUAACCUUCUGGAUAACAAGAUGUGGCUGUGGAUGAUGCCAAACUUUUCUACCACAACAAGCCAAGACCAGAAUUUGGCAAUGCUCGAGUUUAUGGGGAUGAUGAAACCAUACUUUACAUUCACAGUCUGGCUUCGAUCUCCUGGUGAAAGUUGGGAAGGUGUUGGACCGACUAAAAAUAGCCAUAUGAGGGACACACAGAAACAUCACUCGGGAGUAGACCGGGCCUUGGACGUCGAAUAUACCGACAUUAGCUCUAUGCAUGACAUCCGUCAAGGGCAUAAACUACCUAACAGUGGACACGACUUAGCUAGGGUGAUACUGCUGGGGAGCCAAGAAGACUGGAAGCUGGUUCGAACGCGGGUAAACGAGUUACACAAUUGUGGCGAGGAGUGCCGGAAGUGGGCUACUCUGCUGCUCCCAGUCAUUGAUAAUAUAUUGAGAACUUUCAAUAAGCGACAUACGAAGGAGAUCAAGGAAUUCUGGCGUCAUGCCGCGUACGCGACAGGCAUAGACGAUUCUGUUCCUGGCGUCCGCACGCUAUCUGGCUGGAUCACAGCAUUCGCAUAUUUCGAGAACAGCGGAAAGGUUACAAGAGGUUUCGGGCCUUACGGAGAUGAUUACAUCCGUCGAACGGAUGAAGCGACCGUCCGUUACUGGAGAGCGAGAAAUCCAGGGCAACACCAUACUGUACCGAACCGCGAACGACUAAUACUAAACAAGAAGAUUUAUCCACUGAUAGUGACUUCAAACAUUCCAAGAAACAUCAGUACAUUCCCUAUGGAAAUCGUGGAUGUAGAUGCUGGUGUGCGAAGAUACGUGACGAUCGUAUCUGGUACUAUCGGCAUGUCCAUCUUGGGGAAUGGAACAGGAGCACAGCCAGCAUCGGAAUGGUGGAUUGCGCACGAGUUUACAAAGCCAAUUAAGAAUUUGCCAACCACGGAGGGAGAAGACUCAGACAGCAGCUCAAGUGCUGUUGAUAUAUUGGCUGAUGAUGAGAUGGAUGUUGAUGAUGAGUCGGAAUUUGAUGAGGAGAUGGAAGAUGAUGGGGAGAUGGAAGAUGAUGAGGAGAUUGAAGAUGAUGAGGAGAUGGAAGAUGAUGAGGAGAUGGAAGAUGAUGAUUAGUACUGUAAC